GCCGUCUGUGCCCGCAGCUUGAUGCAAAAUGGCUGGCGACAAGAUAGUUGACUGCUCGCAAAACGGCAAUAGCGACAAAAUAAAUGAAAAUGGAGAUUUCAGCUUCAACCUGAAUUUGGACGACGAGUUCGCCGAAUCGGUCGAAUACAUUCCAUGUCCGGAAUUUCAGUUUUCCACAACAGCCUGUUACAUCUGCAACGGUUAUUACGGUCCCUGUUUUGAAGAACCGGUCUGCGCAACCUGUCACGCAUUUUUAUUUCCCAACGAUGUGGAUUUGCUGCAGGUUCCAAUUUUUAGCGAGAAAACAGACGACGAAGAUUCGGGCAACGACGAGCCGACCGAUCUCUUCUACAAUCACGAAAGAAGAACCAGUCAGCAGCAACAAAAUUCUCCGCAGAGUCUCAAUCCUAACGUUCCGAACGCUCAGCAAAACUUGCCCUCGGGUCACAAUAACGCGAACGUAUCUCAACGCAGAUCGUGCGCGCAGUAUCAAAACGUAACGCCUCAGUGCAACUAUCACGGGCUUCAGAGCAAUUCCGGUGGCAAUUCUCUGGACAAAUGCGUAGUCGCGUUCAUGCGGAACGCGUCGGCGGCUCCUCGGGAUAUGAAUCUCGAUCUGCAGAGUAUGAUGUGUCGAAGUAGAAGUGGCUGUCAUCAGAAUUGCUCCAACAACGGCAGUGAUCAAAACGCGCAAGCUCGUAACGCGCAUCAGGAUACGAUGGAUGACGAUGUGCGGAACGUUUUGCCAGAAGCGUUUCCGUUGGCUCGCGACAACGGUCGGAGUGCCAACGAACGUGCCGAGAACGCCGCGCAGUAUCAUUGGAACUACAGGGUGCACGACGACUCGAUUGACCCGUCGUCGUCGUCGUCGUCGUCGCGGCAAUACAACUUGUCGGACCGACUGGAGAUACUGUCGAAUCACAGACACAUCGAGCACGAGCCCAUCAACGAGCCGGGUCUUGUGGACAGAUUGCCGCCCGAAGUGUUGCUCGCCAUCUUCUCUCAUCUGGACGACAUCAGUCUGUGGUCGGCGGCGAACGUUUGCCGACGCUGGUGCGGAUUGCUGUCGACGCACGUGACGCAGCUUCAGUGGAAACAACACGUGAAACUACGCUGGCCGUUGUACAAACCCAUCGGCCGCGUUAAAAACUGGUACAAGGUGUACGACUAUCUCGCGUCCUCGGCUCCGUGUCGCACUUGUCUCGCGCAAACCUCUCUGCGAUCGAGACUGCCGAGAAUGGAGGAGAAUUCCUGGCGUAGGAACAGAUUGCGCAGCGAACUGAAGAGUUUGAGAAUCGAUCCGCCCGAGGGAAUCGAAGCCAUGCCGCUCGAUCACAUGUGUUGUCACUGGCAGGCAACCAUCACGGGACCGGUUGGAAGUCCGUACGAAGGCGGAUUGUUUUAUCUACAUCUGCAAGUACCAUUCAGCUAUCCCAUGUGUCCUCCGGUGGUCAGGUUUCUGACCAAGAUAUUCCACCCGAACGUGUCCAGACAUGGGGACGUCGGCAUAGACUCGAUACAUCACAACUGGUCGUUGGCUCUGACCAUAGCUAAAGUUCUCAUCAGUGUGCAAAGUCUGCUCACAGAUCCGUAUUGCCAAGUCUGUAUGGAACCCGAACUCGGAGACAUGUACGUGAACGAUCGCGAGAAGUUCGAGGAGGUGGCGAGGGCUUGGACUUGGAGGUACGCGAUGCACGACGUCGUUACGCCGAUUUAAUGCGCGCUGAAUGAAAAAUGUGUGUAUAAAUUAAUUUAUAAAAUUGAUUAAUUGAUAAUUAUAACUUAUAACUUAGAAUUUAAUUGAUUGAUCAAUAAUUUGUAAAUUGAUUUAUAUGUGGCUAGCUUAAUACGAAUAAUAGUGUACGGAUGUAACGUCGAAUCGACUGACUUGUGAUAUAGCGCGCCGAGAGAGAGAGAGAGAGAGAGAAAGAUGUAUUAUAGAUGACAAAUACAUGUACAUUUCUGUAGAACUGUAAGUCAAUCUCAUGUACCAGCAGGAUUCAUCGUUUUGUAUUUCUGAGUUCAAUAUAAAGCAGUUUUGUACAUAGACGUU